AUGGCUCCCUUGAAAGUCAUUGGCGCUGGCUAUGGGCGUACCGGCACUGAUAGUUUGCGAACCGCUCUCAACAUCCUUGGGUUCAACUGCUUCCAUAUGAGAAGCGUGAUGAUGGAUAAUGUGGAUCGCCAUCCAGAGGUGUUUACGGAUGCUUUCCUCCAUCCCGAAAAGCCUGUGGAUUGGGACAUGUUGUAUGAAGGCUUUGAUGCUGCUGUGGACUGGCCAACCGUUUCCUUUGUGGACCGUUUAAUGAAGCAUUACCCUGAUGCCAAGAUUGUCCUUACCGAUCGUGAUGCCGAUAGCUGGUAUCGCUCUGUCAAAAGCACGCUUUUCAGCCUGGUGUCUGAGGGACGUCGUGAUUAUGAUAGUAUGUCUGAGUACAUGAAGCGUGUCAGAAAAAUGGGCGAGGUGCUCAUUUUGGAUGGUGCUCUUUACGAUCCCGAGAAGUUUAACGAUGAAGAGGCUAUCAAGGCAAUGUUCAACGCUCACGUUGAAUGGGUUAAGAAAAACGUCCCAAGCGAUCGACUUUUUAUCAUGCAACUUGGUGAAGGUUGGGAACGACUAUGCAAGUUUUUGGAUGUACCUGUACCCGAUGUUCCUUAUCCAAGUGCAAACUCCUCCAAAUCAUUCCAAGAUGAAUUUUUAAAUGGUAAAUUGAAGGAGACAAUUCUCAAAGAGCAACCAAAGGAUGCACAAUCCGCGUAA